CUCUUAUAUACAUAAUAUUUUCAACAAUAACUACAGACAGUCUUCUACGAUUAUUAAAUGGAGCGUAGCUAAAAAUGUUUGUACUCUCAUACUCACGGUAACGCCGAGCGCCUGAAGUUUUGUAGAAUUCAUUGAAAAAUGGCAACAGCAUAAUUUCGCUUUUAUAAUACGCUUUUAUCAGACUUAAACACUAACAAAACACGUGCAUAUAGUAAGCUACAGUAGGGCGAUGGAAAAUGGCAGUAAAGUGAAGGAUUUUGGAAUAUAAUAAGCAGCAGUAUGCAAAAUUAAUAAUUUUUUCACUUUUCAUUUCCGCUAUCAUUUUUUUCUGCGCACGACUGUAUACAGAUAAGUAUUUGCCAUUCUUACAAUAAUUUUUGUAUGUAUUUUUUAUCAGUUGUAUUGCAAUGUGAGUAGAACUCACUCGGUCUUCGCGGCGUAGUCAGUUAGUUAGUGGGGUUGAGCUGAAGAGAAAAAACCAUUUGAAUAUUAGUUGCGUGUUUUCAAAUGGCCGCGUCGGUAGUUUUUUGUUUAUGAAGUAAUUAAUAAAGGGCACGCAAUUACUGAAGAGAAAAGAAAAUAAAUAUAAAAAAUAUAUUAAUAAACAUAAAACAAUAAAUUUCUACGAAUGAAUGAGUGCAAGAUUAUAAUAAAACAUUUUGGGGACGUGCACACCACGACAAAAUGAAUGAAGGAGUAAUGAAUUUGCGGUUGCUUUAAAAUAAAAAAAAUUCGUACAACAACAACAAAUAAAUCAAAGCAAACGACAGUGUUGAAAUAAAAGUAAAAAUUUAUGUGAAAAAACGCACUAACGAAAGGAUAUAAAUGUAAACAAAAAGGCAGAGGAAAAGAAGCUUUCUGUUACUAGCGUAAGAUAGAGAGGGAGAGAAAGAGAAGAGCGGGUGAAUGAAAGCGUUGAAGUAGAAACGGCGGAAAAUGUGGUGAAGCGAAAUUGAGAGGAAAGAGACGUUAUAACUAAACACAUACAUAUAUACUUAUACAUAUAUGUAUAUAUAUGCAAUGAACCGACGACGACAACGCGGUUAAGGUCAAAACAACAACAAUAAAAAGCAAGCAAUGAAGUAAAUAAAUAAAAAAGAAGAAGAAGAAAGGAAGAUAAAUAAAACAACACACGCACAUUGUGAAGCCAAACUAACAAACGUAGAACGGUGAGAGACCAGUAAAACGAAAAUAUUUUUUAAAGAGAAGAGUAAAAAAUAAAUCGUGUGCGCUGCAGAAAAGCUGAGAAGGUCAUUGGAGUUGCUGAUUUUUGCACACGAAGCAAGGAAGGAUAACAAAUUAGAAAGAAAAACAAAAGCCACAGUUGAGCAGAUAAAAGAGUGCGUUGAAAGAAAAUAAAACUACAUAAAAGUAGAGGAAACUUGAAUGGGAACAGGACACAGUAAAUAGAGCAUGCGGCAGCGAUGUGGAAAAGUGUUAACGUAAACAAAACUUUAAGUGUUGUUGCAUGCAAUUUUUAGUGGUCGGCGGAAGAGCAGAAAUCAAGCGAGCGGAAGGAAAGUGAGUGCCAACGAAGACAAUAGAAAUGCGAAUGAAGACGAAAAAUAUUGUAGAGCGUUGAUAAAACAAAAGAACUAACGGAAUUAAGUAAUUGAAAUUAAAAAAAAAAAAAAACCAAUAAUAAAAUUAAUGCGGAAUUGAAAAAAAUUCAAAUUUAAAAUAUAUUUUUUAAUUGAAAAUUUGCAUAUAAACUCAACAAUUGACGCUUUAAAGUUACAAAACGUUGCGUUAGCCGAUUAUUUGUUGAUUUUGAAACAAAGGUUAGCCAAAAAACAUAUCAAAAGCAUUUAAUAUAAUUUUUAAAGCAUAUCUACAGGCGCAAGGGCUUGAAAACUUGCUUUUAAGCCAUAAUACUCUUCUAUGGGGAAAAGUUAUUGCAUCAAAUAAAUGGGCAACGCUCAUUUAUGCACAAACUAAUAAGAAACAAAACAAUAUAAUAAAAAAUAAACAAAAUAUUAGCAAUAAAUAAAGCUACGACUACUGCAACGCCUAAAACUGUGCUAAGAAAUUGCGCAAAUAAAUAAACACAUCACUAUAGACGAAGCAACAAAUUGCAAGGUAAACGAAAAUCUGCCAUACACAAUUAGCAAAAUUGGCAAAGCAUAAAUUCUAGCUAAUUGAGGCAUAAAUUUAGGCGCUGUGUGCACAAAUUCCAGCAGCAAAGCAAACGACGGGCGUACAGUGGCGGAAACAACUCAUUUUGACACUGCUGUGGGGCAGAGUAAAACGUGUAAGAGGAACUGAGAAAGAAAUUGAGCGAAAGAGAGCGCAAGAGCAUUGCAAAUAGCCACUCACACAUCAUAAACGGAAAACUUAUCAACUUCUAGUCAAUCUAGCACAACGACUACCGAACCCCUGCUCAAAAAUACAACUCACUCACUCUCACACAUACACACACGCACACACGUACAUAAGCACGCACAAAAAUGGCGUUUAUUUGGCGUCGUCGCUCAGCGUCCAUUGUGAAAAUCGUUGCCAUGCUCACCGCCAUCUGGUUUACCGUCGCCUUUUUCAUCUACAGCGAUAACGGUGAAAGUGGCAGCAACAACAAUAACAACAGCAAAUGGAAUGGCAUGUCGUUGGCGUUGAAAAGUGUUGCAGGUGGUGGCGGUGGUGCCGGCGUUGGCGGCGGUGGUGGUGGUGGCAUCGGUGCACCAGCCAAUAUACCCGACGGCGAACAGGGUAUCUAUGAAGCCGGUGGCGGUUUUGGCGUCGAGCGUGUCGGUGUAGCGGCUGGCGAUAGUGGUGCCAGGCGGGAACAGCGUCGUGGUGUUGGUGAUGUGCCGCCACUGGAGAACAAUCAGUUAAAUGCGAAUGACGAGGUUGCAGGUGGCGCUGAGCAGGAUGCUCGGAAUGAUGAUCAGCUCGCGCUCGUUGGUGGCCUACGGCAAGAUGACCUCAAUGUGGGCGAUGAAUCGGUGCAGAAUAAUGUGGUGGUAGACGCGGCGGAGCAACACAACAAUGAGCGUGUCUAUCAUGGCAAAUUGAUUGCGGGCAAUAAACCCAGCAGGAGCGGCAGUAAAAGAAAGCCACAGGAUGAUGACAAGGGUGUUUUAAUACCUCCCUCUGCCACGAAGGACUCGCCAGGUGAGAUGGGUAAACCAGUUGUGUUACCCACAAAUAUGACAGCGGAAAUGAAGAAAGCCGUUGACGAUGGUUGGACGAAUAACGCUUUCAAUCAGUAUGUGUCCGAUAUGAUAUCGGUGCAUCGUUCUUUGCCAGAUCCGCGAGAUGCGUGGUGCAAAGAACCAGGCCGCUAUUUGGAUAACCUACCCCCCACCGAUGUCAUCAUUUGCUUCCACAAUGAGGCGUGGUCGGUGCUGUUGCGUACAGUGCACUCUGUGUUGGAUCGUUCGCCGUCACAUUUGAUUAACGAAAUUAUACUCGUUGAUGAUUUCUCCGAUAUGCCACACACCAAACAACAGCUGGACGAUUACUUCAGCGCCUAUCCAAAGGUGAAGAUUUUACGCGCCCCCAGCCGUGAAGGUCUGAUACGAGCGCGUCUAUUGGGCGCACGUCAUGCCACCGCGCCGGUGAUAACAUACUUGGAUUCCCACUGCGAGUGCACCGAAGGUUGGUUGGAGCCCCUACUCGAUCGUAUCGCUCGCAAUAACACUACCGUCGUUUGUCCGGUCAUCGAUGUCAUUGACGAUACAACAUUGGAGUUCCACUUCCGGGACUCGGGUGGCGUGAAUGUGGGCGGAUUUGAUUGGAAUUUACAAUUUAAUUGGCAUGCAGUGCCGGAACGUGAACGCAAGCGACACAAGAACUCCGCUGAGCCUGUCUACUCGCCCACCAUGGCUGGUGGCCUAUUCUCAAUAGAUCGUAAAUUCUUCGAACGUCUUGGUACCUACGAUUCCGGUUUCGAUAUUUGGGGUGGUGAAAAUUUGGAAUUAUCCUUUAAGACGUGGAUGUGUGGUGGUACUUUGGAAAUAAUACCCUGCUCACAUGUGGGACAUAUAUUCCGCAAGCGGUCGCCAUAUAAGUGGCGUUCCGGUGUUAAUGUGCUGAAGAAGAAUUCUGUACGUUUGGCUGAAGUCUGGUUGGAUGACUAUGCGAAGUAUUACUAUCAACGUAUCGGACAGGAUAAGGGUGAUUUUGGCGAUGUGAGUUCGCGGAGAGCGUUGAGACGAAAUCUCGGUUGCCAGAGCUUCAAAUGGUAUCUCGACAAUGUCUAUCCCGAACUCUUCAUACCCGGCGAUUCGGUGGCGCAUGGUGAGAUGAGAAAUCUAGGUCUUGGCGGUCGCACAUGUUUGGACUCAGCGGCGGGCAAGAAAAAUUUGAAGAAACCAGUUGGACUUUAUCCCUGCCAUAAUCAGGGCGGCAAUCAGUAUUGGAUGCUGAGUAAAGCGGGUGAAAUACGACGCGAUGAAGCCUGUCUUGAUUAUGCUGGCCACGAUGUGAUAUUGUAUCCAUGUCACGGCUCCAAAGGAAAUCAGUUCUGGAAAUAUAAUCAGCAGAAACGUCAAAUACGUCAUGGCUCAUCAGACAAGUGUCUGGCCAUAUCGGAGAAGAAGGAUAAAGUUGUUAUGGAGGAAUGUGAUUCGAAUCAAUUGCGACAGCAGUGGAAGCUCGAAAAUUACGAUCCAUCGAAAUUGUGAGGUUAUUUUUAUGCCGAUGGCACGGUUUUAUUGCCGACGCAUAAGCGACGAAAAUAGCAUAAAUUACGUACAGGAAAUACAAGACAACAACAGAAGCAACAACAAAGUGGACAGCAACAACAGCAGCCACAACAACAACAAUAUGGACAUACACAACAUAAAACGCUACAACAGACGAGAUACGAAAGUGUUGUACGUGGACAACAAAAGCAACAACAGCAUCAACAACAGCUACAUAAAUUACCAGCAGUGACCGAAAUAGAGCGUCUGCUGCGAGAACAACAACAACAACAAGACAUUUUAACAGCUCAAGCACAAUAUGGCCACAACUAUCCGUGGCUAUAAUAUGCCAUUGCAUACAAACACACACACACACACACUCAUACAUAUUUACAUACUUACAUACCUAUAUAAAGAAAGAAUCAUAAGUAGAUGCCGUGUGGACGAAAGUAAAGUGUAUUGUGUAAAUAAAUAUUUCGAAAAUAUAAAUACGCACAUACAUACAUAUGUAUGUAUGUAUGUCAAUAUAGUCGGUUUACAUAGUCUGUGUUUAUAGGUAUGUACAAUAUGUAGCUCGGUUUUAAGUUGCAGUCGAGAAUUUCCAGGUAGCAGACUUUGGAGUAGUACUUACCAAUACAUACAUACUUAGAUGCAUACAUACAUAUAUAUUAUCCUGAAGCUUCCGUUUGAGUUAAAUAUACAUAUAUGUGUAUGUUGAUAUAUAUACGUCACACACACAUACCUACAAAUAUUUUCAUCCAUUGGCGUAUAUGCAAACUACAAAACUACACAACAAAAAAUAAUAAACAUCUGGACGACUGUUGUACAGUAGCAUUAAGCGUAAAAUAAGACAUAAGUAGGAAAUAAUGAAAUUGCAAUAAAAA